AAAAUCCGAUUAUUGUUUUCCGUUUUUUCGUUUUUGUUUUUUAGUUUUUGUGAAGCGAAAAAGAAAUCGCCUCCAACUCCGAGAAAGCGCUACGAAAAGUAAAAGGACCCAAUCGGUAUAUAAAUCAAGCAACAAAUUGUAAUUAAAACAUUGUCCAUAGUCAGCAGAGCUGCUUUUCUUUGCCUUUGGCUCUGCUCAAACGGAACGAAAAAACUGUUCUAUAUUUUUUAUUUUUUUUGUUUUUUUGGGUUUUCAUUUUGGUGGUUUGGGGGGCAAAUUGGUAAAUGGGAAACUGCUGCUCCGAUGUCGCCGGUGGUCGGAUGGCCGUCGGCGGCACCGCCACUUCGCAGGCCAACUCCAGAGACGCUUCAAACGACGCCGUUGAAUAUAUCCUUCUCUCCCGUGGCCUCCAUGGCUUAUACUCCGAGAUCGAGCUAUCGUUCUCUGCUUCGGACUUGCUUGAUCGGGAUUACUUCUCCAAGAGUGAUCCUAUGGUGGUUAUUUACAAAAAAGGAAGAGAUGGAGCACUUUCAGAGCUUGGCCGUACUGAAGUGGUUUUAAAUUCAGUCAAUCCUGCAUGGAUCACAAAGCAUAAUAUCACUUAUCACUUUGAGGUUGUACAGACUUUGGUGUUUCGUGUAUAUGAUGUUGAUACUCAGUUUCACAAUGUUGAUGUGAAGAUGCUUAAGCUGGAUGAGCAACAAUUUCUUGGUGAGGCAACUUGCGUGUUGUCUCAGAUAAUGACUAGAUCAGACAGGACAUUGAGCUUAGAUCUUGAACAAAGAGAAGGUUCUAGCAGAUCAAAUCGACCCCGAAAGCAUGGAAAGAUUAUUGUGCAUGCUGAGGAAUGCAUUAGUUCAAAGACUACCACAGAGAUGAUAUUACGGUGUUCAGAUUUGGAAUACAAGGACCUGUUCUCAAGAAGUGACCCAUUUUUGGUUAUAUCAAAGGUUGGGGAGGGUGGGACCAAAAUUCCAGUAUGCAGAACAGAAGUCUUAAAGAAUGAGCUCAAACCGAUAUGGAAACCAGUAUUUUUGAAUAUUCAAAAAGUUGGAAGCAAGGAAAAUCCUCUAGUAAUAGAGUGUUUCAACUUCAAUAGCAAUGGGAAGCAUGAUUUGAUUGGGAAAGUUCAAAAAUCACUGGCGGACUUGGAGAAACUUCAUUCUAGCAGACAAGGCGAAAACUUGUUCUUACCAACUUCUGUUGGGCAUGAAAACCAUAACAAGGUGCUAAAGAGCCAGCUGUUUGUUGACAAGUUUUCUGUUAGUGUGCAACAUACUUUCCUGGAUUACUUGGCAGGGGGCUAUGAAUUAAACUUCAUGGUGGCUAUUGAUUUCACAGCUUCGAAUGGAAAUCCUCGUCUGCCUGAUUCUCUGCAUUAUAUAGAUCCUUCAGGAAGGCUAAAUGCAUAUCAGAAGGCAAUUGUAGAGGUUGGUGAGGUCCUACAGUUUUAUGACUAUGAUAAGCGCUUCCCUGCAUGGGGAUUUGGAGCCCGACCAAUUGAUGGCCCUGUCUCUCAUUGUUUCAACUUGAAUGGAAGUAGUCAUUACUGUGAGGUUGAAGGAAUCCAAGGAAUUAUGAUGGCAUAUACAAGUGCACUGCUUAAUGUUUCUCUUGCAGGGCCCACUCUAUUUGGACCUGUGAUUAGCCAUGCUGCAUUGAUUGCCAGCCAAUCUCUUGCAAAUGGUGGACAGAAAUACUUUGUUUUAUUAAUUAUCACGGAUGGAGUAGUAACGGAUCUUCAAGAAACCAAAGAUGCACUUGUGAAGGCAUCUGAUCUUCCACUGUCAAUCCUCAUUAUUGGAGUUGGAGGAGCAGACUUCAAAGAAAUGGAGAUUUUAGAUGCUGAUAAGGGAGACAGACUUGAAAGCUCUACUGGACGUGUUGCUUCACGUGAUAUUGUCCAGUUUGUUCCACUCCGAGAUGUACAGAGUGGAGAAAUUUCUGUUGUUCAAGCACUUCUAGCUGAACUGCCAUCUCAAUUUCUGACCUACAUGCGAACGAGAGAUAUUAAACCGAAUGUUGAUGAUUAAUGUAUUGUACAUAUGAAAAUUAAUUUUCCAGUAUUUUUUUUUUCUUGCAAUACGAGUCAAUAUUUUUUUAGGCCAUACCAAAAUCUGGUGGUUUUAUAUGAAGAAUAUUUUAGGUUGCUUAAUCACAUUUCAGUAGGGGAUGGCUGGCUGCACAAAUUAUUUUGGGGUCUACAAGAAGACUUCACUGUAAGUUUUGCAACUACAGUUGUUUAGUGCUUCACCUUUCUUUCUCAUCGGCUUUUGGUUAACUGUAAAAGCAUAGAGAUGAAAAAUGAUUAGGGCAUGGGUCAGGGAAUUCAGCAACAAGUUUCUUCUCUCAUUGUCAACAAUUUACAGAAAAAGAUGUGAAAUAUGAAAUCUCAGAAGUCUUUUUUUUUUUUUUUUUUUUUUUUGGGGUUUAUUAAGGUUUCCAUGUUUUCAAGCAUUCCCUUGUCUACUUGUCCUGUCUAUCAUAAUUUUCAGAUGCGUAUUUCUGAAAGGAAAUCCAUGUUAUUGCUAUCGCUUGAACAUUCACAUUGAGAAGUGUAUAAAUACAUAAAAUUUAAGCAUGA